GAGAGAGAGAGACACACACGAGAGAGACACACACGAGAGAGAGAGAGAGACACACACGAGAGAGAGAGAGACACACACACGAGAGACACACACACACACGAGAGACACACACACGAGAGACACACACGAGAGAGACACACACGAGAGAGAGAGAGAGACACACACACGAGAGACACACACACGAGAGAGACACACGAGAGAGAGAGAGAGACACACACGAGAGAGACACACACACGAGAGAGACACACACGAGAGAGAGACAUGGAAGAUUUGGAGGAGCUGCUGUGCCGGGUCCAGUUCAUAGACGACACGGACCCCUUCAACAGCACCAACUUCCCGGAGCCAUCGCGGCCCCCAGACGUCCACUUCGCGCUGCACGUGGCCGUGGGCGAGCAGCUGAUCGCCAUCCACCGCCUCCUGCGCCCGCCGCACGAGCUGGACGACUGUGCCCUGCAGCUUUCGCACUGGUCCAUGUACCUGGAUCCCGAGUGCACGUUGGCCGAGCAGAUUGAGGACCUCGAUGGCUUCCAAGAACAAAAUGGGAAGGUUAAAAAGCACACUGUUAUCCUGCGCACCAAGCUGUCAGUCCGUGUGCACGCCUGCAUCGAGAAGCUGUACAAUUGCAGCGGCCGUGAAUUAAGGAGAGCGCUGUUCGCAUUAAAACAGAUAUUUCAGGACGACAAGGAUCUGGUGCACGAGUUUGUGAAUGCCGAGGGCUUGACGUGCCUUAUUAAAGUGGGCACCGAGGCAGACCAGAACAACCAGAGCUACAUCCUCAGAGCUCUCAGCCAGAUCAUGCUCUUUGUGGACGGGAUGAAUGGCGUCAUCGCUCACAACCUUACCGUGCAGUGGCUGUACGAGCUCACCGCCAGCGACUCGCGCCUGGUGGUCAAGACGGCGCUCAAGCUGCUGCUCGUGUUCGUGGAGUACACGGCCACCAACCCGCGGCUGCUCAUCCAGGCCGUCGGCACCGUGGACCGGCGACGUGGCGCCAAGCCCUGGUGCAACAUGAUGGCCUUGCUGAGCGAGCGAGACAGCGGCGAUCCCGAACUCCUGGUCAUCGCCAUGACGGUCAUUAACAAGACACUGGUGUCCCUGCCCGAUCAAGACUCGUUCUACGACAUGACCGACUGGCUCGAGGCCCAGGGCAUGGAGGACAUUGUGAAGAACCACUUGAGCACAAAGACGUCCAACCCAGAGUUCGUGGAGCAGUUGCACGCCUACGAGACGGCGCUCAACCUGGAGGACGGCGAGGAGGAGUCCCGGCGGGAGCGGCGCCGACUCACCCCCGGCGGCGACGCAGACUCGGUGGACCGCGGCACCCGCGGCAACCGUCGCCGCUCGGGGCAGCCGCCCGCCUCCCCCUCCUCCGCGGCCUCCCCCAAAAGCCUCCCCGGCGGAAGCCUCCGCUCCGAGGCCGCCCCGGCGACGGAUUCUGCGUACUCAUCACUGCCGGUCCCGAUGUCGCCCGCCAAGGACUACAUCGGCUCGCGCGUGUCCGCCAACGGGAGGCGGUUUUUCGACAGCUCUGGCAGCGUCGAGGCGGACGCGGCGACGGAGAGGAGCAGCCCGGUGUCGCGGCGACGGCGCGAGUCGUGGGCCACCCAGGGGGGGGCCACCCAGGGAGGGGGCAACGGGCGGGCUGCCGUGUCCCCCGGCGUCGCGGAGUGCUUGGUGGACGGCGUCCCCGCUGCUGGUGGGCCGGAGGGCCGGUGGAGGGGGGCGGUCGAGAGGAGGCUGCCUGAGCCGGGGAGCCCUCUGGGAGCAGCGCCCUGCCGGAAUGACGCACAGCGGCAGGGCUUCAAUUCCAUCACGCGGCCCCGCGAUAUGAACACGGACUCCGGCCGGACGGGGAGACAGGCGGAGGCGGACGAGGGGACGUGCUCUGUGAGCCGGGGAAACGUGACGAUCGCGGGUCGCCGGCCAGCGGUGCAGAGGGAACGGGAAGAUGGGAGCGAUCCCCUGAGCCCGAUCUCCGGCCAGAAGCGGUUUGUGCUCGACGUGCUCUACGGCGGCAAGCCGGCGGGGCCGGCGGCCCCCGUCGGCGCGUCGUCCGGCGACCGUCGGCGCGGCGAGACGCCGGUGCGCUCGCCGAGCCGGGACGGGGCGCCGAGCCGGGACGGGGCGCGCGCCUCCCGUCCGUCGUCCCGGACGGACGAGGGCGCGGCCUCGAAGAGCAGGAGCGAGCCGCGGGACGGGCCGGCGUCGCAGCACUCGGACAAGGCGGAGUGGGACGACGCCCGGGGGUCGCCCGGGGACGGUGCGCCGCGCAGGAGCUCGUGGAAGUCGGGCGAGGCGAGCAGCCCGGAGCCGCGCUACUCGGCGCGGCUCUCGGCGAGCCGGCCGGAGGAGACCCCGACCGACCCGCGGCCGCAGAGGAUGAGGGCGCGGCUCUUCGUCGACGAGGAGGACGAGGAGGUGAGGAAGAGGUGCGAGGCGGAGCGGAAGGCGAUCCUGGAGCGGACUGGGAUCAAGGGAAUCAGCAGCCGCAUCGCCACGCUGCAGAGCUCCGACAGCGAGACCGCCAGGGCAAAGCCGACGGUGGAGAAACCAGAAAUCCUCACCAGCGUGCGAACCCAGGUGGGAAGGUUUGGUUUGCCGCCCGCCGAAACUCCGCGCUCGCCCACUCGCGUGAUCCGUAAAACCGAACCGGCGCCCAUCUCUGAGGCGCUCGCUCAGAGGCACGGAGCGCACGAGGCCAGCUCGCUGGCCCGACUCGAGGAGGACCACACCUGGGACCAGCUGGCAGUCCAGCCCAAGGUGCUGCGGAUCAAGGACAUGGACUUCACGGACCUGCGCGACGAGGAUGACAGGGACGUGCUGCGGCUGGAGCAGCAGGCGUCCCUGUCCGCGUCCCCCGUGCCGAUGCCGCCGCCCCCGCAUGACGGCGCCGCCCCGCCUCCCCCCCCUCCGCCGUUGCUGCUGGGCUCCUCGCCGCCGCCUGCGAUGGGAAGGAGCGAAUCGUCGUGGCCGAACGCCUCUCGAUGUGCGGCGAACAGCUCCGAGAGUUCGGCUCCACCGCCACCACCGCCACCACCGCCGCCCUCGUCACUCGCUCCUCCCCCUCCUCCGCCACCCCCCAUGCCUGGAAGAGCGUCGCUGAACGCCCCCGUGCAGGACUCGAUGAAGAAGGUGAAGACCGUGCGCUUGUUUUGGCAGGAGGUGCAGUCGACGCGGCUGAACGUGAGCAGCGCCCGCUACGGCCGCGACACGCUGUGGAGCCAGCUGCAGCCCGUGGAGGUGGACGGCUCCCGCCUGGAGCACCUCUUCCAGUCGCGCACCAAGGAGCACCUCUCCAGCAAGAUAACCACGAUCGACGUGAAGAAGCAGGAGCUCAUGCUGCUGGACCACAAGAGAAGCAACGCCAUCAACAUCGGGCUCACCACUCUGCCGCCGCCCAGCAUCAUCAAGGCCGCCAUCAUCACCUUCGACGAGUUCGCCCUCAACCGGGAGGGCGUGGAGAAACUUCUCAUGAUGAUGCCCACGGACGAGGAGAAGCGGAGGAUCACGGAGGCGCAGAUGGCGAACCCCGACAGGCACCUAGGCUCCGCCGAGCACUUCCUCUUCAUGCUCUCCUCCAUCAGCGAGCUGUCGGCCCGCCUGCAGCUUUGGGCCUUCAAGCUCGACUACGAGGCGAUGGAGAAGGAGGUGGCCGAUCCGCUGAUGGACCUCAAGGACGGGAUCGAACAGUUGCGCAAGAACUACACGCUGAAAUGCAUCCUGUCCACACUGCUCGCCAUCGGCAAUUUCCUCAACGGAAGCAGUGCGAAGGGCUUUGAGCUCUCCUACCUGCAGAAGGUCCCCGAGGUGAAGGACACGGUGCACAAGCGCUCGCUGCUCUACCACAUCUGCAACGUCGUGGUGGAGAAGUUCCCCGAGGCUUCCGACCUCUACUCCGAAAUCGGAGCCAUCACGAGAAUAGCAAAGGUCGACUUUAACCAACUGGCGGAGAAUCUGGCGCAGCUGGAGCGACGCUGCAAGGCUUCGUGGGACCACCUGAAGGCCGUGGCCAAGCACGAGGCGCGGGCCCAGCUCAAGACGCGGCUGUGCGACUUCCUGCGCGACUGCGCCGAGCGAGUCGCCGUCCUCAAGGCCGUGCACCGCCGGCUCGACAACCGGUUCCGCGCGUUCCUGCUCUACCUGGGCUACUCGGUGGCGGCGGCACGGCACGAGACGGCGACGCGCUUCUGCGGCGUGCUCAGCGAGUUUGCGCUCGAGUACCGCACGGUGCGCGAGCAGGUCCUCGCCCAGCGCCUCAAGCGCGAGAACGUGCGCCAGCGUAUCAAGACGCGCGGCAAGAUGAUCACCGAGAUGGGCCACUUUUCCUUCGACAUGGAGACGGAGGCGACCGCCUCGGCGGAGAGCGGCUCCCCCUCUGUGGCCGAGCACUGCAAGGCCCACGACGACAUGACCUCCCUGCUCAUGGUGGACGACGGCACGCCCUCUUCGCUGAUGCGGCGAUCCCGAACACGCAGCAAUGCACGGACGAGCAAAAUGAGCCCGGCUCCAUCGCAAGAGGACCUGCUGGCCACGGAGGACGACACGACCGAGAUGCUGGACUGCAUCGUGCGCUCGUCCAUGCAUGCGCCCGUGCAGCGCGCCACGCCCAAGGAGCGCAAGCGCUCGCGCGCCAACCGCAAGUCCAUUCGGCGAACGCUGAAAUCGGGACUGUCGUCGGAAGAAAAAAGAGCAUUGGGCAUACAAGAGGCGCAAGGAGUGAAGGUUUGAGAGAUUCGCACAUUCGAACUCGCCGAGCAACCGAGCCUCAUGCACCGUGCCCUCGAGGAGACCGCUGGCAGUCGUUGGGCGCACGAGAGAGGUGUGUGCCGGCAUUCCAGCGCCGUGCCACCAGGACAACGCCGCCGUCGCAGCACCUGAUCGAAGCGGCGUCCGCGUCGGUCCUCUUAGAUGUAGCGCAGCCAUCGUGCGAGCCAGCGUUUGAAUAUUUGGUAUUAAAAACAAACACCCCAGAUGUUUUGUCGUCCAAAAUCUGAGCGGCAUAAUUAAAAAUUAAUCGCAGAAUUGCACUCUUGAAUUACCGUCAAUAUAAAUCUUGUGCGUACACGCGCGCAAGCACAAAGGAGCCUGACUAAACAGAUGGAAGUAUUUAAACGUUGCCUCUGUUACUGUUCAAUGUGUGGCACUUUGCUGUGGCCCAUUCAAAAUGACUGUGGAAACUAUUACUUGUUUAAGUUACAAAUGCAAAGAGAUUAUAAGCUACUUUAUGAGCGUAAUACAGAUGUAAGGUGAAAAGGCAUUGUGGGAAAUUUAGUGAUACACUGUGCAAUUAGCAUUGUUUCCUGUGAUUGAAUGGCAAUAAGCUAAAUAGCGUUUAUGUGCCAAUACUUUAGCGCAGCACAAAUGCAGCAAUUUAUAAAGACACAAAUGAAAGGUCAAGCGCUAUUUAUGUUGUCCGUUCCAGAGAGAACACUUUGUUUUAUUUUCUAUUAAAUUCACACAUUACAGUUCACCCAGAGAUGGGUGUUCAUUUUCAAAUGCUAAUUUUAUAGCGGUGGUUACAUCGUUUAAAGAAUAUCAGUUGCUUUUGUGAUACAAGUGCAUGUAAUACUAUCGUACUAUUAAUGCUCAGUUGUUUUCAGUACUGUGAUUGGGAAGUAAAUAAAUUAACAUUCUGGAUA